CCGAGGCCCUCCAUUCCUCAAAUCCGCGGCCCUUCCCCGUCCCUGGACUCCAGCCCCAUGUCUGCCACACGCGCCCUCCUCACCCUUGCCUGCCUCGUCGCGCCCGCACUCGGCGCGACCUACGCGCAGACGGACAGCUACCAGGGCAGCGACUUCCUGUCUGGGUUCACGCACGAGGCCAUCGCCGACCCGACGCACGGACGCGUGAACUACGUCGACCAGGCGACGGCUGUCGCGCAGAAUCUGACGUAUGCGUCUGGGGACACGCUCAUCCUGCGCGCGGACGACACGACGGUGCUUAGUGCGAGUGAUCCCGGACGCAGCUCUGUCCGGCUGCAGAGCAAUAAUGUGUAUUCGAACCAUGUCACUGUAUGGAAUAUUCGGCACAUGCCUCAAGGCUGCGGUACAUGGCCGGCGGUGUGGGAGUACGGCCAGGACUGGCCAAACCAAGGAGAGAUCGACAUCCUCGAGGGCGUAAACGACCACGCGACUGACCAGGCUACGCUCCACACCACCUCUGGCACGUGCAUCCACACUUGCACGCGCACCAUGACCGGCACGUCCGUCGGCGACAACUGCGACGUCAACGCGACGGGCAACAGCGGCUGCGGCGUGACCUCCAACGACGCGUCCUCGUACGGGCCCGCGUUCAACGCCGCGGGGGGCGGCUUCUACGCGAUGGAGCGGUCCGACGCGGGCGUGAAGGUCUGGUUCUGGUCGCGGAACAGCGGGGCGAUCCCGAGCGACGUGCUGGGCGGUGCGACGAGCGUCGAUACGGAUAACUGGGGGACGCCGUUCGCGGACUUCCCGAGCGCGUCGUGCGAUAUGGCGUCGCACUUUGGGCCGCAUAAUAUUGUUAUCAAUUUGACUUUCUGCGGUGAUUGGGCUGGUGCGGUGUUUGCGGCUGAUGGAUGCCCGGGAGACUGUACUACAUACGUGGACGAGAACCCCAGCGCGUUCACGAACGCGUACUUCGAUGUCGCCUGGCUCAAGGUUUACCAGUAAAUUAUUCCUUUCUCAAUUCCUCUAUUUCCCUCUCGUUUUCGGCUCUCAUCCUGUUUUCGUUGUACCGACGUAGAAAAGACCAAAGAUGUAAAACAAACCAAAACGCUCACAUCAAAGGGCGCAGUGUAUACUAUCUCUUCUCGGGCUCUGGAGCCCAUUCG